AGUGAGUCUGACAUCACACAAGAAUCACCUUUUACAUCAGCUGACACUGGGAAUUCAAGAUCUGCUUUUCCAAGUUAUACAGGCACAGGGAUCUCCACUGAAGGCAGCUCGGACUUCUCCUGGGGAUAUGGUAGACAGCACAAGCAGGGGAGAGAAGAGAGAGGGAGACACAGAAUCUGAAGCAGGCUCCAGGCUCUGAGCUGUCAGCACAGGGCCUGAUGCGGGGCUCGAACCCACAAACUGUGAGAUCAUGACUUCACCCAAAGUUGGAUGCUUAAACGACUGAGCCACCCAGGCGCCCCUAAAAAUUACAUUUUUAAUCUAUUUAUUGCUGGUGUGUAAAGGUACAGUCCCUGUUUUUUAAGGGAACUGAGUUGUAGGAUAAUGUUGGCUUCUGGCAAAAAUUUAUAUUCUUUGUCAUGUUUUUAAAACUUCUAACAUGUUAUUAUAUGUUUUAAUAGAUUUCUCAUUUAUUUAAUACUAGGUUAAACUUUCACUGGAUUUAUUAUUAUUAUUUUUAACUGUGAUAUUCACAUAACAUAGAAUUCACUUUUUUUUUUUAAUAUUUUAUUUAUUUUUAAGGCAGAGAGAGACAGCAUGAGUGGGGAUGGUGCAGAGAGAGAGAGGGAGACACAGAAUUGGAAGCAGGCUCCAGGUUCUGAGCUGUGAGCACAGAGCCCGACGCGGGGCUCGAACUCACAAACUGUGAGAUCAUGACCUGAGCUGAAGUCAGACGCUCAACCAACUGAGCUACCCAGGCGCCCCAGAAUUCACUUUUUUAAAGUGAACAGAGCUUGAUCAAAAUGCCACUGAAAAGGUCCAGGCAAUGUUCACAGCCAUUGACGAGCUCUUGUAUGAGCAGAAGUUGAGUGUGCAUACUAAGAGUCUACAGGAAGAGUGCCAACAAUGGACAUGCAGCUUUCCUCACCUCAGGAUCCUGGGUAGGCAGAUAAUCACUCCAAGCGAAGGAUAUGGACUGUAUCCUAGAUCCCCUUCUGUUGUUUCAGUUUCACAUGAGACAACACUUUCUCAAGAAAGAGAUUCUACUAUAUUUGGUAUUAGGGGAAAGAAGUUACAUUUUUCAUCUUCUUAUGCUCACAAAGCAUCUCCCAUUGCCAAAUCCCCUAGUGUGUAUUCUAUGGAAAGAGAGGAGGAAGACUGUAUAAUCUUCUCUGAAGGAAUAAUAGAGGAAUACCUAGCAUUCGACCACACUGAUAUGGAAGAGGGGUUUCAAGGAAAGAAAUUACACGCAUCUCCAGAGAAACAGAAAUUAGGGUACCCUCCCAUUGCUCCAUUUUACUGCAUGAAAGAGGACGUCCUUGCUUAUGUGUUUGACGACGUGUGGAGCAAAGUUCUGAGCUGUAUGGAGCAGCUGACACGUAGUCAUUGGGAGGGAUUUGCUUCUGAUGAUGAGAGUAAUGUUGCAAACACCAGACCAGUUUCAGAAAGCCCCUGUGUGCUGAGUGAACCACAACCCUUGGUUUUACCUCGAGUGCCACAGUCGAAGGUGCUGUCCAUCACCUCAAAUACAAUGAAUCUCUGUCAAGCAGCAAGUGGUCAUCAGCCAAAUGUGAAUGGUCUCUUGGUCCAUGGGAUGCCUCUACAACCAAGAAAUCUCUCCCUAAUGGACAAGCUACUAGAUCUUGAUGACAAGCUACUUAUGAGACCUGGAUCCAGUACCAUCCUUUCAACCCGAAAUUGGCCAAAUCGAGCCCUGGAGCUUAGCACAUCAGCUCUCUCAUACACAGUGCAGUCCGCCAGGAGACGCAAUCCCCCACCACGUACGCUUCAUCCCAUCAGCACAAGCCAUUCAUGCGCUGGAACGCCAAGGCCUGUGGAAGAAAUCCUCAGAGGAUCCCGAGUUCCAGGAGCGGCGGACUCACUCUCCUCUCCCUCACCAAUGCCCCUGAGUCGAAACAAUCUCCUGCCACCUAUUGGCACAGCUGAAGUGGAACACUUAAGCACUGUGGGGUCACAAAGGCAAACGAAAACCCAUGGUGACUCCAAUCGAGCUCGAAGUGCAGUGGUGGAUGAGCCUAACCAUCAGCAGCCCCAGGAGAGGCUCCUUUUACCUGACUUUUUCUCCAGGCCCAACACUACUCAGUCAUUUUUGCCAGAUACACAAUAUCAUUCGUGUGUUGCUGAGUAUCCUCAUCAGGCCCGACCUGGUAGGGGAUCUGCAGUGACAGGUGGGACCAUUGCUCUUAUUUUACUAUGUGGCUAUGUUAAGACCCUGCCUUUGUCUGUUUUCUAUGUUUAUUUUCCCUUCCUCCAGAUUUUAUUAUAUUUUGUUUUCCUACAUUUGUAAAUCAUCUCAAAUUCCUUUGGAAAUGGCAUAUAAUAAAGAUCGAGGAGACCUCUGUUGCCCAGAGCCAAGUUCCAGAUUCGUUUUCUCAUACGUAAAUUAACUUCUCACCACUCUGGCAAAAUAGACAGUACUUUCUUUUCUUCAAUCUAAAAAACUUAAGUGAAAUAAGUCAUUUUUAUAACAUUCAAACACU